CUAAAAGAUUAUGCACUAAUUUAAUUUAAUUUUUCUCCCUUUCUUCUCUGACUGAACUCUCUGACUCACACUUUCCCUUCUUCUCUUCCGGAUCUAUCCCAACACGAUCUCCUCCAAAAUGCACCUCUCAUUCUGAUUCUGAUUCUGAUUCUCUCCCUUUUAGGCUGAGUGUUAAUGGCGUCGAAACAAGGACCGAAAUCGAGGCGGUGCGGAUCGACCAGCGGCGGCGGCGGAGUAAGAGGCGCUGCUGCGAAUUCCCAUUCCUCGUCGACAACUUCGAGUUCUAAGCAGUUUCAGGAUGUCUCCGGUGGCGACGGUCAGAGCUCGCCGGCGUCUUCGUCUGCUCGGAGCAAGCCGCCGCAGCAGCAUUUUUACCCGGAGGCUGAGCAGAGAACUAAAGAGAAUGUCACUGUGACGGUUAGGUUUCGGCCUUUGAAUCCAAGGGAGAUUCGUCAAGGCGAGGAGAUUGCUUGGUAUGCGGACGGGGACACCAUUGUGCGGAAUGAGUAUAACCCUUCCAUUGCAUAUGCAUACGAUCGUGUAUUUGGUCCCACAACCACAACUCGUCAUGUGUAUGAUGUUGCUGCUCAGAAUGUCGUUAGUGGUGCUAUGGAGGGCAUCAAUGGUACAGUCUUUGCCUAUGGGGUAACAAGCAGUGGGAAGACUCAUACAAUGCAUGGUGAUCAAAGAUCUCCUGGAAUCAUACCACUUGCUGUGAAGGAUGCUUUUAGCAUUAUCCAAGAGACACCAAACCGAGAGUUUCUCCUUCAAGUUUCAUACUUGGAAAUCUACAAUGAGGUGGUUAAUGACUUAUUAAAUCCAGCAGGGCAGAACUUAAGAGUCAGAGAGGAUGCUCAGGGAACCUUUGUUGAGGGAAUAAAGGAAGAAGUUGUACUCUCCCCUGCUCAUGCCCUGUCCCUUAUUGCAGCUGGAGAAGAGCACAGGCAUGUUGGGUCCACAAACUUCAAUGUACUCAGCAGCAGGAGCCAUACGAUAUUUACCCUGACCAUAGAGAGUAGUCCGUGUGGUGAAAAUAGUGAAGGAGAAGCAGUAACACUGUCACAACUGAAUCUCAUCGAUCUAGCAGGUUCUGAGAGCUCUAAAGCUGAAACAACUGGCAUGAGAAGGAGAGAAGGAUCUUAUAUUAAUAAAAGUCUUCUAACUCUUGGAACUGUUAUUUCAAAAUUGACUGAAGAUAGAGCUAGUCACAUACCUUAUAGGGACUCCAAAUUGACUAGAAUACUUCAGUCUUCACUCAGUGGUCAUGGACGUGUAUCUCUCAUUUGCACAGUAACUCCUUCAUCAAGUAGCACUGAAGAGACACAUAAUACAUUGAAAUUUGCUCACCGGGCAAAGCACAUUGAGAUACAAGCAGCACAAAACAAGAUAAUUGAUGAGAAGUCACUUAUCAAGAAAUACCAGCAAGAGAUUCAAUGCUUGAAGGAAGAGUUGGAGCAAUUAAAGAGGGGAAUUGUCACCGUUCAGCCAAAAGAUACUGGGGAUGAUGACAUAGAGCUUCUAAAACAAAAGUUAGAAGAUGGUCAAGUUAAGCUGCAAUCCAGAUUGGAACAAGAAGAAGAAGCUAAAGCUGCUUUGUUAGGCAGAAUUCAACGGUUGACUAAGUUGAUUUUAGUCUCCACAAAAGCAUCACAGUCAACGAGAUUUUCCAACAGGCCUGGCUCUCGUAGAAGACAUUCCUUUGGGGAAGAAGAGCUGGCAUACCUUCCAUACAAAAGGCGGGAUUUAAUAUUAGACGAGGAAAAUAUUGAUUUGUAUGUUAACCUGGAAGGUAAUGCUGCAACAUCUGAUGAUUCUUUUAAGGAGGAGAAAAAGACAAAGAAACAUGGACUUCUAAAUUGGUUGAAGUUGCGUAAACGAGAUAGUUCCUUGAUAGGAUCUAGUGAUAAAUCUAGUGGAGCGAAAUCUACUAGCACACCUUCUACACCUCAAGCAGAAAGUGGUAAUAAUGUUGGGUCAAGACUUUCCCAUUCUCUACCUGCAGAAAGCUCUCCAUCUGCUGAUCAUAUAUCAGAGGCAAUAGAGGAUAAAGAUCUUCAUGAGGAUAGUUUAUUGGGACAAGAGACACCUUUGACAAGCACCAAAUCAGUUGAUCAGAUUGAUCUUCUAAGGGAACAGCAUAAGAUUUUAUCUGGAGAAAUGGCACUUCAUUCAAGUGCUUUGAAGAGGCUGUCUGAGGAAGCAGCAAGAAAUCCUCAGAAUGGUCAGAUUCAUGUGGAGAUGAAAAGGUUGAAAGAUGAAAUUAAGUCGAAGAAUGAACAAAUAGAUUUGCUGGAAAAGCGAAUUUCUAGUCACUCCUUUGCUUCAGAUAAGACAGAUCAAUCCGGAGUAUCACAUCAGACUGUUGCUGAGCUGAUAGCACAAUUAAAUGAGAAGUCUUUUGAACUUGAGGUCAAAGCAGCAGACAACCGUAUAAUUCAAGAACAGCUUAAUCAGAAGAUCUGUGAAUUUGAAAGCCUGCAAGAAACAGUUGCCUCUUUCAAACAGCAACUUGCAGAUGCAUUAGAGUUAAGAAAUUUCAAUCCUGUAGACAAUCAUUUACAGCAUUCCUCUGUAACCAACAACUAUCAUGGUGAACUUCACCUUGACAAGGGAAACAUAAGCAACGCCAAUGAAGGGAUUCUUUUGCAGUCACAGAUAAGUGAGAUAGAAGAGCUGAAUCAGAAGGUAGCAGAACUAACAGAAUCAAAGGAGCAGCUAGAGAUUAGGAAUCGGAAACUGGCAGAAGAGAGUACAUAUGCUAAAGGGCUAGCUUCAGCUGCUGCUGUUGAGCUUAAGGCACUAUCAGAAGAAGUUGCCAAACUCAUGAACCAUAACGAGAAACUAGCUGCGGAGCUAGCUGCGUCCAAGAAUUCACCCACACAACGUAGAACUAGUGGAACAAUCCAAAAUGGGCGAAGGGAAAGUCAUGUCAAACCUAGACGAAAUGAUCAGGGUGGAUCAAACUCGGAUACCAAGAGAGAAUUGGCCUUGAGUAAAGAAAGGGAACAGUCAUAUGAAGCUGCUCUUUUAGAAAAAAAUCAGAAAGAGGCCGAACUUCAAAGAAAGGUUGAGGAGUCAAAGCAAAGGGAAGCAUACCUGGAAAAUGAACUUGCCAACAUGUGGGUUCUUGUGGCAAAGCUAAAAAAGUCACACGGAGCUGAAACUGAUGUUUCAGGGUCGACUAGAGGGAGUUUGCAGUUCGAUGGUUUUGACUUUUAAUGGGAUCUUGUAAUGGUGGCUUCUGAGUUAAUCCAUUAUUGCAAUUUAUUUACUUAUAUUAGGAGUGGCUUGAGGGAGAGGUGUGUAAAGGUUGUGUUGUUUGCAGGAAAGUGUGCUUUUCUCUUCCCCCUCCAUCAUUGUCCUUCUUGGUUCAUAGCUCCUGUUUCCCCAUUUGUACAUCCACAAGUAAUAGUCCUUCUUCUCCAGUUCUUCCAAAUGUUAUGCUAAUUUAGUCCCCUUUUUUCCGGUACA